GCCCCACCCAAGGCCAGAUGGUGGGAUGGAAGGGCCCCCAUUGGCCUCCACCCUCCUCCCAGCCUGGUCUCCCCAGGUCCCCAAGGGUCCAUUUCCAGGGGACACCUGCUUGCUCCUCUGCCCCUAGCCUCUCGGGUGGCCCAUCUCCAUCUCUGUGUCUUCACUGCAUGAGUCUCCGUCCUCUUUCUGACCUUUGGCUCCCUCUCCUGCCCCUCAGUCCUGUCUCCACCCCUGGGGCCCCAGAAAUACCUUUGCCUCCCUGUGCCAUGUUGGGGUCUGUGCCUUCCUUCGCUUCCUGCUGGGCCCAUUGUGAAGAUGCCCGCUGCCGCCUGGCCCUCCACCAUGCCCUCACCUCCUCCCGGGGGACUUUCUCCCCCUCACUUUCCCUGCCUCCCCCCAAGUCUAUCUAUGCAAAUCCCGAGGAGGGGGGGACAUUUGCCUGGCCUUUGCCCCCCAUUUCCUGUCCCGGUGUUGGGGUUGCUCUCACGCAGGGACACCCAGCAGCCUGCAGAGCUGCUGUGGUCACAGCUGCCGCCUCCUCCCGCCAGCCCAGGUGGCUGAGGUCGGCCCUGACAUGCCCCUGCGUCUCUCCCCCUCCAGGCUCGACGGGCCACACUUCAGCUUUCUGCAGUGUCCAGAUGGCAUCUUCUAUGACUUGGACAGCUGCAAGCACUCCAGCUACCCUGAUUCAGAGGGGGCUCCCGACUCCCUAUGGGGCUGGACUGAGGCCCCGCCUGUCUCGGCCACCCCCUAUGAAGUCUUCGACCCGGCAGCAACCACCUUUGGCCACCCCCAGGCCGCCCAGCUCUGCUACGGCCCCUCUGCCUACAGCCCCGUGGGGACCCUCGAGCCUACCCCCAGCCUGGAGACCCCUGGGCUCAGCCUCCUCACAUACCCCACGGAGGACUUCACUGGCCAGACCCUAGGCCCCCUGGCGUACGCCCCGUACCCCAGCCCGGCGCUGUCGGAGGAGGAGGACCUGCUGUUGGACAGCCCCGCCCUGGAGGUCUCCGACAGCGAGUCAGACGAGGCCCUCUGGAGCAGCCCUGAGAGGAGGGGCUCUGAGGCAGGGGCCCGCAAGAAGCUGCGCCUAUACCAGUUCCUGCUGGGGCUGCUGACGCGGGGCGACAUGCGCGAGUGCGUGUGGUGGGUGGAGCCGGGCGCCGGCGUCUUCCAGUUCUCCUCGAAGCACAAGGAGCUCCUGGCGCGCCGCUGGGGCCAGCAGAAGGGCAACCGCAAGCGCAUGACCUACCAGAAGCUGGCGCGCGCGCUGCGCAACUACGCCAAGACAGGCGAGAUCCGCAAGGUCAAGCGCAAGCUCACCUACCAGUUCGACAGCGCGCUGCUGCCGGCCGCACGCCGCGCCUGAGCCGAGCUCCGGGCGGCCGGUGGCGCCGGAAUCGCUGUCCCGCAUGGGAUCCGCGGGAGCGUGGUGUUUUGGAUCGCAGGACCCGAAGGACUACUCUGUUGUGUGUGUGUGUGUAGGGGGCGGUGCUUCCAGAACCCCAGUGCCUCUGGGAUCCCAUUGUGAUAGCCAAGGUUCUGCAUCCAGGACGGGAACCUCUGAGGUCCCUUGUGUGUACGUGAACCCUCCACAUCACCAGGGUGGGGGCACCCACAGAUCACUACCCCAGGAAGAGCGCUGCCAGCAAUCCUAGCCCUCUGCAACACAGGGGGAGGGGUCAGUGCACCUGGAUCCUCUCUUGUCUGAGUUCUCGUAGGAUUGGAGAUCUCCUAGUUAUGUCUGGGGCCCUCUGGGAGCCCGAUGUGGCCUCAGUGCUCUGUGCCUCUGUGAUUUGGCAAAUCUGUCCCCCUAGAUCCUUUUGUGAUCUUUGAGGUCCCCGCAUUCUCUAGAACCGCUAUACUUUCAGCUGUUUGUGUCUGGAGUCCCAGCUAGGGUCCCUCUGGAAUCCUUUGGCCAUGUCUGGAGUGACUUGUUAGGUCGGGGUAUGGGUGGAGACUCAGUGAGACUUAGAACUGGGAUAGAACUGGGACCCUGUUGUCAAACUUGGGAUGUCCAGCCACAUAGAGACCCCCAAGCAGCCCAAGUUCUUGCGCAUCCCUUGCCUUCCUGGCGUGCCCUUUGUAUACCCAUACCAAAGAUGUUACAUCUGGGCGAUUUCUGUGGCAGCCCGCCUCUCCCCUACUAUGGCAAUUUUUAUUUUGAGACAGAGUCCAGCUAUGUGUUCCAAGCUGUCCUUGAGCUCAUUAUGGUUUUUUUUUUUUUUUUUUUUUUUUUUUUUUUUUUUUUUUUGUUACCAAAGAUCGAACUCACGACCUUGAGCUUACCAGGCAGGCACUUAAGCCGCUGAACUAAAUCCCCGACUUCUUGAGCUCACUAUAUAGCCCAGGCUAGUCUUGGACUCACAGAAAUCCCCCGUCUCAGCCUCCCAAAUGCUGGGAUUACAGGUGUGCACCACCACCCUUGGCUGUAUGACUAUUUUUUUGUACCAGGAAUCAAACUUAGGACCUUGUGCUUGCCAGGCAGGCGCUGUGCCGCUGAACUAUAUCCCCAGCCCAACCAUGCAAUUUUUAACCUAGUUGUCAGCCCCUCAUCCUGAGUGGGGAACUCAGGUCCCUCGUGAUGUCUUCUUAGAUUCACCUAAGUACUCUAAGGGAAAACCUUGUCUUGCUACCAGCCUUUUGAUAUAGGGAGAUUUUGCAUAAUCAGCCAAUCCAGCCCCAGUGGGGUGUGCAGAGGCUGGAGGUAGACAGGGGCCUUCAUAAUGGGGCAUUUGUUCUCCAGGCUGCCCCAGGGCUUGGCCCAGCUGCCAGUUGGGCCCUGACCAUUUGCAUCUUGAGCCCUGUGCAAACCUAACUUGUGCUGCAGGAAUUGUGAGAGCUGUCACGUGGAUCCCAGCACCCCUGGACUCAGCCAGGCCAGCUAGGGGAAGAGUGGGCCGAUCACAGUUUGGUUUGUGUGGGAAAGUGGGAGAGCAGAAGGACAGCAAAAGGCCGAGCAGCUCAGACCUCUCCACCCCCUGGAGAGAGAAAAGGGCAUGGAGGACUGAGGGAGGUCCACUCCUUGGCCCAGGACUGCAAGCGGCAGAGGCCAUGCAGGGCCCCACCCUCAGGAGAAGGGGGGCUACACAGCGUCCUCCCCAGGCCUCCUCCUACAAAGAAGGUACCCUCUGCAGAAGUUGUCAUCAUCACUUAAAUGUGAAGUAAAAACAGAAAAGAAAUAAAGGUACAAAAAGUGUAGGUGUCCUUUAUCAGGGACGACAAUCUGUUGCUGCAAUGAGCCAUCAUGACAGCCAGGAGAAGAUGAGCUCGGAGAUCAGAGAGGCAAUUCCGGUCACAGGCCACAGCUGGCUGAGCACUGAACGCCGAAAUAAGAAUCCAGAGAAGGAGGCUAGGGCGGAGGGGGGAGUGUCUUUAAUUUUUGUUUCCCUUUGAGGCCAAUUACAGUUCUUCCCCACCUC